CGCAAGAGUAAGGUCCCCUCGUUACGUGACCCUCCCCCUCUCUACGCGCAGUCACAUGAGCAGCGCCAGAAGAGGCCCACCUUUCUAGUGCUAUGACCUACUUCCCGCCACAUCGCUCCAGCUUCAUCCCAUUCUCAAGUUGUAGUAGUAUCCCCACCAUGGCAGGUGCACCCUCGCAAGUCCUCGCCCAACUAGCAGCCCACCUGCAGAAGAUUGAGCAGGAUCCCUCUACGCCGCUUGAUGAGCAGCUCCUGGCCAAAUGCGACCUCUUCACAACCACAUUCGAAUAUCGCACUCAGCUAUGGAGAGAGACUCGUCCUCUGUUUCUGCAACUGGCCGACCUACUCGUCAAACUGCAGCAGGAUCCCACACCCUUGGUCCACUUUAGUCUGAAAUUGACUGAGCCGUACCGCUUCGACGAUGUGAAGGAUGUCGACUUCGAGAUGGGCCUUAACCUAGCUGCUAAACCUUUCCACCUCCUGAUCCUUUCAUUGCUCGAAAAGGCAACCGCAAGCAUUGUCGAUGCUCAAACAAUUGCAAACAGACCGGCUGUCAUUCAAGCCGUCGUACGCCUUUGGCUAUGCAGCGACGACGCAGGAAUCUCCACCAAAGCAGCCAAUCUCCUCAUCUCCUUAUUACAAAUUUCCAAGGAUGAACCCGGGCCUGACCCAACUAAUCCCAGCCUGUAUGCUUAUGGUGCUGGCCCGGUGUGGAAGCGGCUUUUCCACGACAAAGAUGUGUAUUCGUUCUACUACCAGUUCACCAGCUUGAAGCCUCUUCCGGCUGAGGGCGAGCCAUAUCUGAACAAGCGUGAUAAAACAGUUGCUCAAGCAAGGCUUUUGGAGUGGCUACCCAGGGUUGGUGUGAUGCAUUGGGAUGCUAUCAUAUCAAGCCAGUAUCCUCCUUUGGAGCAGCAUGUUGGCCUAAUCACAAACCAAGGUCUUCUCCACUACGCCGCACUCAAGAUGGUUGACAUUGCAGACGAUCUCAUGCACAUGAACCUUAUUCAUUUCUACUCGAAUCUCAUCACCACGGUCACAACGAGGAAAUCUCUCACAUCCGAUUCUAGCGUCUCUCUUGAUUUUAUGAAAACUCUGGGCAUUCAUAAGAGCAUCAUCGACCUCCAUACGACCGAAAGCCCCAGUAUAGAAUAUUCUUUCGUCAGCGGUCGGACGGCGAACUAUAUCUCAGACUAUGCCUCCACUUAUCCCGAAGAUUUUGAGUCGAGCCCAGAGAUGAACAACAUUCGACAGUACGUUCACCGCAAUAUUCGAAAAUGCGAAAGCAACGACCUUCAUAUCCUCGCAUCUCUGCCUCGAGCGUCUCUCCUUCCACGCAUUUCAUCGGGCCUUGCAUGGGAUGAUUGCGUCUUACUGGACAUCCCUCUUAUUAGGACAACACCCGAGGCGUUGAAGACGCUCGCCACUGUGUUUCAUGGUCCACCAAAGGAAGAGGUAACCUUUCCGCCAACUCAAAGAGGAGCUGCAGCUUCAAGGAGAGCAUUGUCAGAACAGAUGUACGCUCGCAUUCUACUUUCACUUUACUACGCCAAGAAUCCGAGCAUGUUCUCAGAAAUUGUCACCCAUGCCGACACAAUAGCUAUGAAGGAGCAUGCACUGGCCACCUUAGUCCUACUCCGUUCAAUUAUCAUGUCGAAUUGGAAUGCAGAGCCUCAUGACGAGAUCAUUCCUAGCUCUGACCCAAUAUACUUGCGGCUCCAGCAGUUUCCAAAUUCCGGUGUCGACUUGAUCCUUGACCCGAGCAUAAGCGGUGGAUUGCUGCCGUACUUGCUCAAGCCCGCAACCACAUUUUCCAACUUAGUAGGCGGACGUGGCGAUGCAGAAAAUGCGGCCUAUCAAGUGGCCAUGGCGAAGUUUGAUGUGCUCAAAGCACUAGGCACGAAGUUGGAAGAAGUAGGUGGUCGACAAGAUGUUGUGGGGAUAGUCAAGAAACGUCUUGCGGAAGGUCCUUGGGGUGUUAGUGGAAGUGUUGGGAGUAGGAUUGGGACUUUGGAUCUUUAGGGUAGGAAUUGCUGAUGCUUUGGUUGAAAGACUAGAGCUGCCCUGUGGAUCUCCGUGGUUG